AUGAAGAAUAUAUUAAUUAUAAAUAUUAUAUUUUUAAUUUUUAUUUAUAUAAUUAAAAGUGAUGAUGAUAGUUCUAAUUUAAUAUCAAAUCAAAAUUUUGUACAAUUAACUUCUUCUGAAAAAAAUUUAAUUUCUAAAGGUUAUUGUGAUUUACGAGAAUGUAAAAAUUGGUCUGGGGUAAUUUUAAUAAUUUUAUCACCAUUAUUUCCAAUAAAAAAAUUUCCACCAAUAAUUAAUUUUAUAUGGGAUACAUUUAAUGAUUGUCAAACAUUUGGAGGAGAAGUUUUUAUAUUACCAACUAAUGCUAAUAAUGAUUUACCUAAAGUAUGGUCUUCAACUAAAAAUGAAUUAAAAAAUAAUUUUGAUACAAUAUUUGAUGAGAAAAAAUUUAUUGUAUCAUCAUUUCCAUUACCAACAUUUAUUGAAAAUGUAUUAAAUAAUGUUACUAAAAAUUUUUAUUUAAGUCCUUUAGCUAAUAAAACUACAUCAAUCUAUGGAAAAUAUUUAAUGAUUAUAACAAAUUAUGAAAUAUAUUUAGAUCAAGAAACAUCUUUUAGAAUAAGAAAUAAUAUUAAACAUAAUCAAGUAAGAUUAAAAAUUAUGUUAAUUGAUAAAUAUAAUGAUGAUUUUGAUUCAAUGGAAAGUGAUGAAGAUUUUUUUGAAAUGAUAGCAGAAAGAGGUGAAAAAACAGAAGUUGAUGAUGUUGAUGGAUUAACAACAUCUAAAAUGCCUUCAAAAAUGGGAGCAUGUCACAAUUAUCAACCAUUUCCAAAACCAUUAAUUGAUAUUAAAAAAUCAAAUAAAAAAGGUAUAAUUGUUGGUGUUAUAUUAGGUGGUGGUGGAUUUUUAUUAAUUUUGAGUAUUUUAAUAUUUAUAUGUAUUAGAUGGCGGCGUAAAAUUAGAAAAGAUAAAAUAAGUACUUUAUCAUGGAUAAAUAGUCAAGCUGAACAAAAUAGAAUUAAUGAAUAUAAAGAACAUAAUAAAAAUAAAGUAUUAAAUAAUUUGAUGCCAAUUUAUAAUGAUAAUUAUAAUGAUCAAAAUCAGGUGAAUGAAAUUAAUAAAAAUAUAGAAAUAACAGAAGACAGAAAGAUAUUAGAAAGUGUAUUAACUAUUAAUUAUAACGAAAAAUUAGGAUCAGGUGCUUUUAGUAGUGUGUAUAAAGGUGCUAUUCUUCUGGAUAGUCAUUUUAUUAAACAAAAAUUAAAUUUUAUAAAUAACAAAAUUAAGAUGAAGACAAUUUUUGUAAAUGAAAAAAAAAAUUGUAAUAAUGAAGAAACUGUUGAAAUUGAUGUUGCAGUUAAAACUGAAUUGAAAAAUGAAAAUGUUUUUCAAAAUGCUGAAUCUAAAGAAUUUUUAUUAAAGGAAAUUAAUACUUUACUACAAAUAUCAGAUCAUCCUCAUGUUAUAACAUUCUGGGGUUCUUGUUUUAAAGAUUCUUCUUUAUGUUUAGUACUAGAAUAUUGUGAAAAUGGUGAUUUACAAACAUGGCUUCGUAAUCCUUCAAAUAAAAAAUAUAUUGAUAUAAAACGUUUAUUAAGUUUUUCCUGGCAAAUAUCUGAUGGAAUGUAUUAUUUAGCUGUUAAAAAUUUAAUUCAUCGUGAUUUAGCUGCAAGAAAUAUAUUGUUAGAUGGUGAUUUAGUGGCAAAAAUUAGUGAUUUUGGUUUAUCAAGAGUUUUUGAUACCCAUGAUUAUGAUAUAGAGAUGCAAAAUGAGUACAUGCUUAGAACAAAUGCCAAAAUACCUGUCAAACAUACGGCUAUUGAAGCAUUAAGAGAUGGAGUAUAUACAGAGAAAAGUGAUGUUUGGGCAUAUGGUGUAUUAUUAUUUGAAAUAUUUUCACUUGGUUCAAUACCUUAUGAAACAUUAUCACUUGUUGAAAUUUUGCCAUUUUUAGCAAAUGGAUCUCGUUUACCUAGGCCUCUUCUUGUAACAGAUUCUGUGUGGGAAAUUAUAGAAAAAUGUUGGUUAGAAGAUCCAAAAGAUCGACCUAAUUUUAAUGAAAUUAGAACUAAUUUAACAAAAUUAUUAGAAGAAGUUACAAUUCAAUACGGCUAUAUAGAAUUGGGUGAAGUUAAUGUAGUAUCAGAAGAUGAUGAAGUUCAGGUUUAA